AGUCCCCGACCUUUGACCUUUGUGCAGUCGAUCAAGAAGGCACAUGCGCUGCAGCUAAUUUGAUGAUGUUUGCAAUCAGUGGCAGCUAUAUCCUGCGAUGCUAAGGUCUCUAUUAGCUCCAACAACAAGGAUCACAUCGACGCAGCACCGAUAUCAGCUCUACACGGCGGCUAUGAACUAUCUCCGACCAUUUCAGACAACACCCCCCCUGAACAUGCAACAGACACCCCCCACGACGCCCAUCAAACCUCCCAACGUGCUCAUAUUUCACCCAUCAAAGGACAGCACUUGUCGAGAAUUCAUAAGAGCAAGAGAAGCACUGGAAACGUGUCUCACCCCUGAGAGAUAUGCCAUCUACCCCCUGGGCUAUGACGAGGUUGUGCAGGGGGCACCGUGGAAGGAGAACUGUACACUCGUACUCGUACCCCCAGGAGGGGGCAGUCAGGAUGAACUCAGUGAACUUGCUCCGAAAGUGGUGGCUGAGUUAAUGUCCUAUUUAGAGAACGGCGGAGCUUUGUUGAGCAUAAACGAAUCAAUGAACAGACGUUUGGGUUUAAAGUCCCUCUCCGACAAGACUGCUGAUGUCAGCAUAACUCUCGAUGAGCGAGCUGCUGUUAGCCCUGACUCUGGAGUGGGCGGAGUCACAGAAGCCGUAACAUUUCAUGCCAUUUCCUUGAAGUCAUGUGACAGUCGUGUAAUACAGGAACGAGUAUCCAAUCCAAUUGACAAACUGAAAUUAUCUCGUGAAUUUAUUGCAUUUUUUGAGAGUCCAACUUUCAGCGAGAAUACAAACCAAUGUAAUAAUGUUCCAAACGAUUCCCGGUCGGCUGUGGAGGUUGUGAGUGUGAGUGGUGGAGGGUGUGCGGUGGUGUGUGGCGUGGACCUCCUCCCACUGCCUGAGGGGGAAAUAGACGUGCCUCUACUCGUUAGACUGAAGAAGGAUGUACUGUUACGAUCGACGGUUCUGAGUCAUCUACUGGGCAUGCUCAGUAUGGAGUGCAGUGGAGAGAGACUACCUGACCUUAGUCACACCUACCUUGUCUGUGCAGGGGAUGACGAACAUUGGAAGUUUGUCUCUGCUUGUGCUCCUCUGGUUCAGCAAGGUGUAGUGGAGGGCAGAGAAGUGUCACUACGACUCAUCGAACAUAACUACCAAUCUGGGACCCCUGUAGACUCCGCCCCCUUCCCCACCCACUCUGAGAUGGCGCUAAUUACUCUACCAGCACGUUGGCAACUAGAGGCACAACCGUUCAACUUCAGUGAAUAUUUUGACCGUCUUCACACGACUAGCCUAGGCCGCACCGUUCUCUACACGGCUGUGAUACCAUCCACUCAGACUCUGUUCACUGGGAAUAUAGAGUUUUGUAAUGCACUCACUACAGAUAUGGGUGUGGUCAGCGUGGCAGGGCAACAAACGAGAGGAAAAGGACGCAGUGGGAACGUGUGGUUGUCUCCCAAAGGCUCUAUGAUGUUCUCCACUGUCCUCAAACUCCGCCCAUCAUCUCGACUAGCCCAGCGACUGCCCCUCCUCCAGCACCUGGUUGCCAUGGCAGUGGUACACGGCAUCAGAUCAUCUCCUGGAUAUGAGGAUCUGCCCAUAAGAAUAAAGUGGCCCAACGAUAUCUACUAUAAGGACCAAGUCAAACUAGGUGGUAUCCUGGUGACCAGCUAUGCACUGCCUGACACCUGCCACCAUACCACUGUCAUUGGCUGUGGUGUUAAUGUGGACAACAAAUACCCUACGAUGUCCAUCAAUGACUGUAUUACCAUCCACAAUGCGACGUCCGGCUCUGCCCUCUCCCCCCUCUCUGUGGAGACCUGUCUAGCGGCCACUCUCUCCAGUUUGGAAUCACUGCUGACUAGUUACGAGAGCUCUGGACUAAAUGAACUGGAGGAGCUCUAUUACAAGUACUGGUUGCACAGUGGCUCUGUGGUUCGGCUGGGUAACUAUGGUGAUGCUGAGGCUGUUAUCACAGGCAUUGAUCAGUACGGCUACCUACUAGUGCGGAGGAGAGAGGAUGGACACGAGCUCAGCUUGCAACCUGAUGGAAACUCUUUUGACAUUAUGAGAGGACUAAUAGCUAUGAAGACUAACUCAUAGCCACUGUGUGUGUGUACUGUGUGUGUGUGUGUGUGUGCUGUUUGUGUGCUUUGCAAUCUCUAUUUCGAAAUCUUUACCUUAAUUGAA